UCAUCAUCCUGCUACUCAACUUCCUUGUAGUGUACGACGAGUCCAACAAGCACACUGCUCAUGCUGCAGAUUUGGGGCGAGGUAUGGAUCUAGCUGAUCUAUCCUCAAACUGGAAAAAGCUGCAGGCGACUUUCAAGAAAUCAGAUGUUGCCAAAUCAUCGUCCAAACUUACGAACCAAAAUGGCUUGAAGCGGAAACGCGAGCAAUCGAAGGCUACUAUCACCAAGCCUUCCUUGCUACCCAGGAAGAAGUUGCGUAGAACCAGGACCAUGGCUCAAGGCGGAACGGCAGCGAAGGCGACUGUUCCUAUACAGGACCUAGAAAAGUCUGACAAUGGCGGACGCCCACGACCUGCGGAUCGGGCAUCUUCAGACAAAGUAAAUGACGGACUGUCUACAUCAAUAGAGAUCGGCAAGUACGUUGCCAUUGACUGCGAAAUGGUAGGAGUAGGCCCGCAUCCGGAGAGAGAAUCCGCCCUGGCUCGAGUCAGUAUCGUCAACUACAAUGGAGAUCAAGUUUAUGAUUCCUACGUAUUGCCCCAAGAGACAGUGACAGACUGGAGGACAUUCGUUAGUGGAGUGGAACCCAAACAUAUGAAAUAUGCUCGAUCUUUCCAAGAGGCGCAGGCCGACGUUGCAAAAAUCAUGCAGGGCAGAGUACUUAUUGGUCACCACAUUAGCCACGAUUUGAAUGCCCUAAAGCUCAGCCAUCCUCAGCGAGAUAUUCGCGAUACCGCACGGCAUACACCGUAUAAGAGGAUACACGGAGGCAGUGGGUACCCACGCUUGAAGUUGUUGGCAUCUGAACUGCUCGGCUUCGAGAUACAAGAGGGUGAACAUUCCAGUAUAGAGGAUGCGCGGGCUUGUAUGCUCCUUUUUCGCAGAGAUAAGGCUGCAUUUGAACGAGAGCACGCUAAGAGAUGGCCUACAAGACCUGCACGGCCUCCCAACCCGCCUGGUGACACGGAAAACCAAGAACAGGCAUCGUCGCCCAAGAAGAAAAAGAAAAAGAAGAAAUCAAAAAGAUGAAUUCGAACUCCGCCUGCGAAGUGAUCAGGUUGAGUUGAGAGAGCCAUAUUAUGGCGAAACCCUUAUACGGGUAUAUCUUCCAUCAUUUCCAUCGCUCCUUCUCUUGCGACUGUGAUGAUUACAUCACCCAGUGUCUUGGUGUUGAAUCCGGCUUCACAAUAAGUGAAAUAAUACUGGCUACUGGUCAAUUCAUGGCACUCUACAACAGAAAAAUGAUGGACUCACCUCCCACUUCUUUCGGAACAACAGAACAUCGCUCUCGGUCAUACCAUCAUGUUCGGCCAAUAGCGCUGGUUUUAUGCGCUUCUGGAAAUUUCUCUCGAAGUUCUCCUUCCAUAUACGAAGGGCCUUUGCAUAAUGUGGACCUAUGUUCUCUAUCGAGUCGACCACCAAUAGUCCCUGGCUGCCUUUGUUAAUGGAAUCGACCAGUUGCGAAACUGUGGGUAGAUGACCUCCAGGGAAGAUGUAUUUUCGAAUGAAAUCUUCACCUUUGGCGUAUGCUUCAUAUCUCGACUCGGGCAUGGUGAUACACUGGAAGACCGCUAUGCCACCAUCUGGCUUGAGAAGCUUAUGAACACAGUCGAAAUACGUCGUGAGGAACUCUCGCCCUACUGCUUCGAGCAUCUCGAUGCUGACAAGCUUGUCGUACGGACCCUCGCGCGGCAUGGGCAGUGCUCUGUAGUCGCAAAGCAGCACUUCAAUACUUUCAGUCAAUCCUGCGUCUGCGAUCCUCUGGUCUGCAAGAUCUUUCUGUUCCCGACUCAGAGUCAAAGAAGUCACUCGACAACCUGUUCUCUGGACUGCUCUGAUGGCAAAACUUCCCCAGCCUGUUCCAAUCUCUAAAAUGUGGUCCGUCUCUUUGAUCCUUGCAUUGUCGAUGAAUCGAUCCAGUUUUCGCAUCUGCGCGUCUUCCAAAAGUUCCUCCUUCUUGGGCUCGUCCAAUUUUGACAGAGCCGCCCAGAUGGGACAGGAGUAAGUCAUGUCUCUGGACAGAAAUGCUUCGAACAUCUCGUUGCUGAUAUCAUAAUGUGCGCUUAUGUUCAAUUGCGCAUUGGGAAGCGUAUUCGUGCGGCGCAUAAACCCACUGAUUGUGGAGGAAAGGUACGAGGUUAUCGUGGUCGCGUUUGACAAUUCGUUGCGGUUUAGAAUGAAUAACUUGUGUUCUGGUCAGCCUUAUCUGCCAUUCCAAUUGGAUGCUGCUUACCUGGAAAAAUGCGGUGAGAUUUGAGCAUUCUACCUCACCAAGCAUGAAGGACUCUGCGAAACCCUGCUCCCUAGGUCAACGGACUGCGAUUCUAAGAGACGUGGAAAGCUGACCAUGUCGGUGAACAAAGCUAAGCGCAACCAGAAUGCGUCGCGGACUACUUGCAGUCUAGCCAGAGGUUCAACGUAUUCUCCAGCCUGGCCACAGACUGUUUCUGUACCAUCACUUUCGACCACGGGUAAGACGGCCGAUUUUGAUCUCCGACAGAAGCGACAGAAAAGACCUCCGGCAUGACUUGAUCAUGGGGUCCCAUGCUACCGUACCCGCGUAGGUACGUAGUCGGUCUACUAAGGAUGAUAUAGAGGGCGCCAUGGCUCAUGAACGAACAAUCAACGGCACUGGCUAUGAUAUACGACAAUAAACAAGGAGUGCAAGCAGAUCUUUCAUGAGUGAGUGUGUGACAACUUUGAAGAAAAACGUAGGUGAAUGACGUGAAUUUUGAAGGAAAGUUCCAGCAGGCCGGGUUUUGUAUGGUGCCACAUGUGUCGGCAUGGAAAGAACUACUCAUUACGAGCAGCUGCCACCAAGGUAUCCAUGUUUGUCAAGUGAAGAGCUUGCGAUGCCAUUCGAUAUUAAAUUAGACAGCGGGGUUAUAGAAGCGAACAUCGGGACCAGGUCUUUCAGGCCACCAAAAUGUCCUUUUAGAUUAGGUGAUGAUUUGUUGCCGGUA